UCAGAUUUACCUAAAUCUGUAAAUAUUUCAAAUACUGUGAGUAGACAACAUCUGAUAACUGCUCAGAUAUGUCCAUUGAAACAUUCUCUAAGCUACCACUUGUUACACAACUGGACCAAGUGUUAAGAGGAUAUAGGAUCUUGGCAACCAGUGGAUGUGAACCUGAAUUUUUACAAUUUGCAAGUCAGUUUGAAUCUGUUCGAAAAAUAGGAUAUCAAGCUGAACAACUGGCACAAGACCUUCAGGAAAAGCUGACAAAAACUGAAGCUGAGAGAAAUGCUUUGAUGAUAAAACUGAAACAUGCAAGAAGACAGAUCGAGGUUGAGUUGAAGCAACGACAAAAAGCUGAACAGGACAGAGAUGAAUUGGAUCAACAAAUCAUGCUGGUGCGAGACUUAUUAUUCAGUGAUGAUACUGGGACAACUGUUCCCCUCAAUGAAGAACAACGUGGAAAGCUGGAUUUUCUCAACUCCAGUCGAUUCGCGUCACCUCGUGGUGGUCGUACUAUGCACAGAAGACUUCAGCGUAUCGAUGAGACUGGAUCCAUUCUUUCUGAUUAUUCCGAUAUUUCUUUCGACCUAACAGAAGACGAUCUUGAUGCGACUACUUUGCGCAAUGGGAAGCAAUACAGACGAGCUAAGAUGGGAAGGAAAGCAGCAUACAAUGAUGAAGACCAAUUCUCAACAUCGAAGAGACAAAGAUAUGAUGUGCAUAGUCCUGGACAUAACAACAGUUAUCAAGCAGCGGUGGGAGGCAAUUACUAUUUGAAAACGAAUGAACAAUUUCGUUGCACUGUGGAUGGACCAACUACAGUCAGUGUUGAAAGGUUGGAGAAGAGUUUUACGAGACCUGCUCCACAUCAAGGUAGAAGACGUCAAUCUAGGGAACAUCGAAGAAGAAGUGCUGGAUUAUCUUCCGAAUCAGAAGCUCCACAGAGCGAUGUGGAUAAAUUCUGGCCAACAGCACCUGAACCCAGCGCAAAGCCCAAAUCAAUACUAAGAAGCAUACAGACAACACCAACUAAAUCUGCAAGAUCUCACAACAUGCAAUCUAAACCCUGUGUUAUUGUGAAGGAAACUUGUAAACCAUGUGGAAAACGCAUUCAGUUUGGAAAAAGAGCAAUGAAAUGUGCUGAAUGUCGCUUGGUUACGCAUCCAGAAUGUGAAAUCAUGGCUCACGACUUCCAGUGUGAUCCAUCACAGUAUUCACCUUCGGGCGGAAAUUCAAACGAUAAACCAUUUCAAGGUGCGGAAGGAUUGGAGGCAUUUCUGCAUUCGGAUGAAAGUCCACAAAUUCCACCAAUUAUUUACCAUACAAUUCAUGAGAUUGAUCGGCGUGGGAUGCAGGAGGUUGGACUUUAUCGAGUGCCAGGUAUGGUUCGUGCAGUACGUGAGCUGAAGGAAAAAUUCUUGAAGGGAAAGACUGUGCCUGAUUUAUCGAAGGUUCAAGAUGUUCAUACACUCUGCUCAUUGGUAAAAGAUUUUCUGAGGGAAACUUUAAGGGAAUCAAUUUUGACUUUCAACUUGCAUCCUAGAUUUAUUUCAGCUGCUGACAAAGACAAUGAUGCUGAUCUUUUCCAAGCAAUCAGUGAACUUCCACAAGCUAACAGGGACACUCUGGCUUUCAUCCUUCUACAUUUGCAACGGAUUGUUGAAACCCCAGAAAUAAGAAUGAGUCCGGAAGCUCUAUCAAAAGCAAUGGGGCCUUCUUUGAUCGGAUUUUCGUCAGAUGAACCAUCAGUCCAUGAACUUCAGACUUCAUCUGGUUAUCAAGAAAAAAUAUUGACUAGACUUUUAAACCUGCCAAGUGACUACUACACUAACAUAAUGCAUAGUGGAAAUCGUGCUGCUGAUUCGAAUGCUCUUCGAGAUGUCAAUGCCACUCCAGAACCUUGCAGAGAUGACCCCGUUAGGAGGUCAACUCGUAACAACAAGAAACUUGGAAAGGCAGAUUCUACCACUAGUUUAAAAGCUCCUGAAAGCUCUUUGUUUGGACCAGUUGGAUAUUCUCCAAAGAAGACGCCAUCUAGUACUUCUCUUGCCGAACGUGCCAAGAAAUAUCUUCAUGGAACACCAUUUGGCCGCGGUAAAAGGAAGGAGAAUUUCUUUGAAUCACCAGUCUUGCAUUAAGAGAAGAUUGGAUUGUAUAUCAAGAAGACAUGGAUGAAAACAUUAAAAAAUUUUGUCAAGCACCAAUUGUUGCGGCCAUACUAACAAUCCUCCUGUAUUGUUAUCUGUUGAUUUAACAAACUUGUAUAUAUCCAUCCAAUGUAUAUUAGGCCGUUUUCUUAAAUCGUCACGAUUUUUGGAAAUAGUAAUAUUUUGUGUUAGAUUUUAUUUUUGAUCAUUCAUGCUGCUAUUAUAGGUAAAUGAAAUACUUGACACUGUCAAGCAGACUGCUGUGUUGUACAACACCAAUAUUUAUAUCCAAAUUUGAAUGUUCUUGAAGCUAAUCCUUGUAUUCAUCUUAUGUAUAUAUUUCAAAAACAAAUUGCUCAUCUUUUGUUUUUAAGCAUUGUACUUUGAAGAAUACCUUAUUAAUAGACUUAAGGUAUUACACCUCCCAAUUUUAUUUGCGGUCAUAUUAUUAGUUUCUUCACUGCCUUUCUUGAGUUUAUCAUCGGACUUGUUAUUUUAGCUGCCACAUAUUGUAGGAAUUGAUUGGUUUGAUGUCCGCUUAUUUUAUUUAUUGCGGAGAGCGUUCUACUAGCAUACAUAUUUUUGAAGCGUUAGUCAUGACAAUAUAUAUAGUACCUUGUAGUAACAUUUAAUUCUGUUUACAACCAGGGUUAGAGAUAGGAUUGUCUUAUUUGCGUGGCGUGUGGACGUUUCCGUCUUGAGAUUGACUCAUUUUGUUGAGAAAUGAAAAUAAAAUAAUUCUCAGUUGAAAAA